AUGUCGAAUAAAGCAGAGCAGUUUAAUAAGGUGGUGUCGAAGAUUGAUCGAUUAGAGGCAUAUGUUGAGCAGAUUGUGUCGAUGCUUAACACUGGUGGGUCUGGCGGCCGAGGGAGGAAAAGGCGAACGCGAUCGCAUGACGGUGAUGAGUUUAGUAAAAGACUGAACAAAGGCGAAGCUGCCAGUUGCUCAUCUACGACUGGGGAAAAGGAAGAAGGAUGUUCUGUUGAGUGGUCAGCGAGUGAAAUGAGCGGUUCAGCGAGCCGAGAUGGACUUCAUGAUGAGAGUUUAGUAGCUCUGGACGAGAGUGACCAGCCUGUGAGGUGGAAUAGGGGAUUUGUGAAUGGCAUUGGUUUAAUGUCUUCCUAUUCUGUUGUUUUUCCGCGAGGAUUAGAAUGGGUACACGAGCGAAGUGCUAACUCUGAAGCUGACAUUGAACGGAUUUCACAGUGGCAAGCGCAUAUUUCUAGUCGGAAUCAAGUUGUUACCGCGAAGCCAUCAGUCGAACAAAAUCUCAGUAGCUCUACUGUGAUGGGCUAUAUGUUAGAAAUUUACAAGCGGUUCACUCCGUCGGAAGUUCUUCCUGUACAUAUACGAGACGUUGACGUUGACGCGCUCUAUAAGAAACUCAGUGACGAUGCUGCAUCAAUGAAGUCGUCAGAGCUUAUGAUUGUAAAUAUAAUAAGCGCUUUAGUAUGCCUUUUCUUAAGGUUGGGAACCAUAAGUAUGGAAACCGUAUCGGAUUUACUUAUGGAGUUGCCGCCUCACCUCAUACAGAAGUACGAGGAAGAGUUUGUGGGAACCUCUCUAAGCCUUGCUUAUCGUGUGGCACUUGCAUCGGAAGGUAUGAUCUCCAUAAAGGCGAUUGUCCAUUUAAUUAUAUACACAGGUCUCAGUGGUGCCAUAUAUGCAUCGUACUCCUUGAUAUCUGUUGCUGUACGUCUCUCGCAGGAUUUAGGACUACAUUCCGAGUCCACUUAUACGACAUUGAGUGAAGCUGACCUGGAAGAAAGACGGGGGGUUUGGUGGAUGUGCCGGGCUAUUGACUUGAGAUUCUCGGUUAUUCUUGGUAAGCCUCCUGUUGUGGCUACUUUUGACACCACAACCAAGCUACCGGAAAAGGAUAAAACUUUCGAACUGCUCGAAAGGGUUUCCAUCAAGUCAGCCGGCCACUCUAAAGAAUACGAUCCAGAAUUUGCCGAGGAUCUGUAUGACACCAUACUAAAGUCAAAAGGGUUUUUGUCCAUAGCCGGACACUACCAUGUCAAGCUCUGCACCUUAACCAGUCGAGUAUACGCAGGUUUGUAUGACUGUUCUACAGAAUGCAAUCCUAAACGUCAAUAUAGACGCAUAAAAAGUAUCCAGAGGGAUCUAGAGGAACACCAAUUAUCACUACCGAAGUGCUGGCGCGAUGGCAGACUUUUUCAAAGCUCAAAUAUGACCGGGAGCACUACCGAGGCUCAGGGUGUCUUGGUUAUGGAAAAUACAAUUCUCCAUCUACUAGAUACACUACUGGUUCAAAGAUGUAGAUUCAAAGUUGAAAAAUACCUUAAAGCCACUUCAAAGCUUUCGCAUGAGCCUGAAUACAAAGGCGUACAGUCAUCCAGGAGAAUACUAGAAUUCACCAUCGCCUUGGCUCAAAAUUACCUCAAUGUGGUGAUAAGGGUUAAUGCAUGGGCAUUCUUUGUCGUCUGCAUUGACAUUUUCUGCUUUUCACUUGCAUUACAGAAAGACGAGUUUCAAUUCGAGGGUGACAUGAAUUUGCUUCUCAACUUUCUGAAUCGCGUGCACACAAGCUUAACUACACCUACACCUUUUACAGCACAUGAAACAAACACGUUUCCAAUGGAAAUGACAACAGGAGACAAUUUUACGAAUCUUCUGAACAACUUUCUUUUCUUAUUCGCUCGUUUAGUAUCAAUUAUGAAAAAUACCCUAGAAGCUCGAACGAGUAAAAAGUUACAGCUUAAUUACGAAUUUAUCCUACAAAAAUACAAAGAGCCUCCGAUUCAACUGCCUAAUAGCAACUUUGUCAACGCAUUCGAUUUCCUAAACCCAGGAUUUGAGGAUUGUGAGGCACUAUUCGAGUAUUUUUAA